ACUAAAAAAAUGUCACAAUUAAUGAUGUAACUCUUUUACUUGUUCGUCUAGCAAAUCAUUGAUCACUAACCUCAAGAGAGAGAUUGUUUGGAAAUCUUUUGGUUUAGGAAGAAGAGCUCGAUAUGCUGUGGAAAUUGUUUUCUCUGUAUCAAAACAGGUUUAGUAUCUAAUAAUAAUUCUCAAAAAAAAAAAAAAAAAAAUAAUAAUAAUAAUAAUAAUAAUAAUAAAUAAAUAAUAAUAUUGUGAGCAAAAAGGAAAUUUGAGCCUGAUGAAAGUGACCUCAUUGUUGGAGCCCCUUGUGUAAAUUUGAUAACCGACCCCCAAAGCACUUCAUAUUCAAAUCUCUAGGACACGGUACAUAUGGAGAGGCGCACCAAGAUUCAUUGCAUUAAUAUAUGAAGAGAUCUACGAGCGAGAGAAGAAAGCUCACGUCGUGAGUUUUGCCAUCUAGCAUUCUCUCAAAUUUCCAAGUUUUAGAGCGAGAAACAGAGAGCGACAGAAAGCUGAAGUCGAUGGCUCUGGCACCCGAGAGAUCAAGGCCUCUCCACCACUUCACAUUGCCGCGCUUGAGAUGGGGCAACCGGAGGUUACUAAGAUGCAUGAAAGUGAACGCCAACGACAACGCUCCGUCCGAUCGCAGAUCAUCUCCCUUGGAAGCCGAUUCGGACGGCUGUAAUCGAAUCAGAGACGGAAAUUCUGUGAUCAAACGCAGAUCACUGACUAUCGCAGAGGAUUUCAAGAAAUCGCCGUUGAAACCAAUCUAUGGCGACAAGGAUUGGGACGAUAACGGAAUCGAAGCUUUUCGCGAGAAACUCAUGUUCGAUCUCCGACUCGUCGCCGAUAAGAUGAAAGUUCCAAUUCAUGAAGACAAAGCUUUCGAAGUACCGACUCCGGAAAGACCGUGGAAUUUGAGGACUCCAAGAGCGGCUUGUAAAGCGCCUAACGAUUCCGGCAAAGGCGGUGGUGGCGGAAACGGAAAGGGAGAGAAUUUGAGGAGCGAGGAGCGGCGGAAUAGUAAUUGUAAUUCAUCCCCGGUGAGGGCCAAAAGUCAGGCGAAAUCGAGUGGAAUGAGAGGAUUGGCCGCGGCGGCUGCUACGACGGCGCAGUGUUUGGAGAAGAGAGAGCAGUGCGAGCGACCUAGGUUUUCGAUUUCUCUUUCCCGAGAAGAGAUUGUGAGUGAUUUUUUGGCGAUGGCGGGAACGAAGCCGAAUAGAAGACCGACGAAGAAGAGGCCAAAGAUAGUUCAGAAAAAUUUGGAUUCACUUUUUCCAGGAUUGUGGUUGACAGAAAUAACAUUACAUCAGUAUAAAGUUCCUGAUUUCCAAGAACCAAGAAAGGUGACAUUUUUCAAUUCUUUUUUACAUUUAUUCUUUUCUUCUCCAAUGUUUUUUUUUUUUUUGGAUUUUUCAAUUAAUGAGUUUUUUUAUUUUUUAUUUUGUAGAGGGGUAGAAUUGAAGCAUAGAUGGGUUCUGGGAAGUUCAAAUUACUCUUGAAUGGCUGAUUGCUGCUGGUGCUGGUGCAAUAUGACCUAACUUAAUGGUAAUAACUCUUACCAUAUAUGUAAAUUGGGAACUCUUGAAGCUUAGAUGUGGAUUUGACUUCAUUCCUUUUUUCUUUUGAAAUGUUACAAGCUUUACAAAUUAAUUAAAGAAUAGGUGGUAUUCUUGAUGGAAGAGCAGUUUGUACGUUUUUCCUAUUAUAAAGCAAAAAGUUCAAGAGUCAGUUUUUUAUUUUGAAAAAUGUAAAAAUAAAAAAAAAAGUAAAUUACAACCUAUUCUUCUUCA